AUGGCCAUGCAGAACACCUAUGGGAAAAUUCUGGAAAAGAUAGUUGUCGGACGAAUUACAGCACACUUAGAGAGGAAGUCCCUGUUACUAAAAGAGCUUGGCAGCUAUAGACCCCAUCGAGAAACUGCAGUGAAUUCGGCUGUCAUGGCGCAAACCUAUGAAAGCUUUCAGCAGCGGAAGGAUGUGACGGCAACUGAGGAUGUUUACAACCGAGUCGACUAUGAACGUAUGAUCGACCGCCUCUUGGAAUUAGAUGUGGACAUAUGGCUUGUGAGAUGGGUAGCAGUAGCCCUAGUGGAGAGAAAAAUGGCCCUAAGACAGGGUGAACGGACUUCAGAUCCGGUAUCAAUAAAUACUCCAGGAUUGUCCCAAGGAUCCCCCGUCUCUCCUGAGCUUUUCAAUGUGUAA